AUGUUGGCGGCCAAACAAGCGGUUGGGUCCUGUUUGUCCCCAAAAACCGUCCGCACAACAGGGACACGUGGGAACAUGUGUGAUUCUGGUUGUUGUCUGCAGAUCCAGGGCUCUGAUGGGACGAGGCCAGUGGGGGCGCUGGGCAAGGCCACCAGCUCCAGUGACAUGCUGCUGAAGCUGGCUCGUACCACCCCUUACUACAAGCGUAACCGCCCCCACAUCUGCUCCUUCUGGGUCAAAGGCGAGUGCAAGAGAGGAGAGGAGUGUCCCUACAGACACGAGAAGCCCACGGACCCUGACGACCCUCUGGCUGACCAGAACAUUAAGGACCGUUAUUACGGCAUCAAUGACCCGGUGGCUGACAAGCUGCUGAAGCGAGCGGCCACCAUGCCCCGGCUGGACCCCCCCGAGGACAGGAGCAUCACCACCCUGUAUGUGGGGGGGCUCGGAGAGCAGAUUUGUGAGACAGAGCUACGGAAUCACUUUUACCAGUUUGGGGAGGUCCGGUCGAUCACGGUGGUGCAGAGACAGCAAUGUGCCUUUAUACAGUUUGCCAGUAGACAGGCCGCAGAGCUCGCUGCUGAGAAAUCCUUCAACAAACUCAUCAUCAACGGCCGCCGGCUCAACGUCAAGUGGGGGAGGUCACAGGCCGCGCGGGGGAAGGAGAAGGACGGGAGCCCGGAGUCGGGGAUGAAGCUGGAGCCGGUGCCGGGGCUGCCAGGAGUCCUGCCGCCCCCCGUCUCAGUGGAGGAGGAAACUCCCCCCAACUUCUUCAACCUGCCGCCCAGCGCCCCGGCCACGGUGAUGAACAUCUCGUUACCCCCUCCACCACCCGGGUUCGGGCCCACAGUCUUCCACUCUAUGCCUCCGCCACCUCCACCUUUCCUCCGGGCCCCGGGCCCCAUCCACUACCCCUCCCAGGACCCCCAGCGCAUGGGAGCUCACACGAACAAGCCCAACAACGCCUAGCCCACCCCGCACGCCUCACCUUCCCUUUUAUACCAGUCACGGGGGGGAUGCGAGGGGGGGGAGAGAGGGUUUGUGUCGCUCUCGCUCUGUGCCCCCCCCCCCGCCGUCUUGCUUUUAUUUGGGGGUUCCAGUGGUUCCCGUAUCGCCGCUCGGCUUCCGUGAGGAAUGUGUGUUUCCGGGAGGUCGCGGCUGGCAGAUCCGUGGGGAACCCGGGUAUGUCAGGCUGAGCGGUUCGAGGAUGAGAGAUUGUUUGCACACGUCUGAACACGUCUGAAGUUUGGACACGUCUAAAUUGUCACCCACCCCCCCCACCCCCCACCCA